CUUUGGAAAGUUGUUCCACUUGAUUGCUCAGUUUGCCUCUUUGACUCAGUGGUGGCAGGGGAAUUAUAAAAGCAAUGAAGGCGCAGUCAAGUCCCAGGUAGUGCGUGCCAGAUUUAAGCUGAUUUAAAGUAGUCCAGACUGACUCUGAAACUUUCUUUGCACAACGGACCACUUUUGGAAGAAGUUGCUCAUUUUUUUUUUUGCCAGCAGUGUGUACCUGACUCAGGGAAGCUGUGAAGGUGUGCUCACCUUGCAAAGGCGACAUGGGCAGUGGUGCUUUGCAGAUUGCUGGGCUGCUUGUUGGUGCCAUUGGCAUGAUUGGAACAUUUGCUGUCACGGGCAUGCCUCAGUGGAGGGUGUCUGCCUUCAUCGAGACCAACAUCAUCGUGUUUGAGACCAUUUGGGAAGGCCUGUGGAUGCACUGCAUCAGGCAAGCCAACAUCAGGAUGCAGUGCAAGGUCUAUGACUCCGUGCUGGCUCUCUCACCGGACCUGCAAGCAUCCAGAGGGCUGAUGUGUGCUGGGUCGGCGCUCUCAUUUCUGGCUUUCAUGAUUGCCAUUAUUGGGAUGAAGUGCACGCGGUGCACUUGGAGCAGCUGGCAAGCCAAGGGCUAUAUUAUUCUGACGGCUGGGCUUCUCUUCAUCCUCUCGGGUACCGUCGAGCUCAUUCCGGUCUGCUGGGUUGCUAACACCAUCAUCAGUGACUUCUACAACCCUGUGGUCAACGUUGCACAGAAAAGGGAGCUUGGAGAGGCCCUCUACCUGGGCUGGGUAGCUGCUGUCUGCCUCAUUGCUGCCGGAGCCAUAUUCUGUUGCUUUUGUCACUGUUGUGAGAAAAACAGAAGCUACGAAUACUCUCCAUCAAUCCAGUACCCCACUCAAAAUGAGCAUUUGCCCAGCAAGAUGGAAAGCUCAUACUCCAAAAGUCAGUACGUCUAGAUGUCUCCUGCUUUUUCCUAUUUUUUUAAGCAUUUAAUUUGUCUGAAUGGAUUUCAGCUCCUGCAUUAAGGGUGGCUAGGAAACUGCCUUUGCCUUCUGCCCUGUAACUGCUGCUGUUGUGGCUGUGUUUUGGAUCUGCAGUUACCCCCAGUGGGCUCUGCUGUGGCUAAUGGAAAUUUGAAUGCAUGGAAAGAUGAAAGUUUAGUAUUAUUUUAAUAGUAACUUGGAAUGGCUUUUGGGGUGUGUGGUUUUGCUUUGGGUUGCAUUUUAUGUGCAAAAACAGUAAUAAAGGGCUCAAAGUUCCACUGUAAUAUGAAAUUCUGGCCUAUUGCAAAGCAGAGAGGAAUUAAGCAGCUGGAUCUUUUUUGUCCUUCCUGGGAAGGAGUGGAUAACAGCAAAUAAAGACAAGAUAAUAACGGUUUAAAAGAAAAGCAUUCACUAAAGGAUUGAUUUACUGUAGGUUGAAUGGAGGUUUGCAUGAAGAAUUUACUCAGCAGAGGAAGAAAGUUUAUUACGUGAUCUGCAGUUUUCAAGUAAGUUCCGCAGACUAUUACUACUUCAUAAUUUGGAAGUAAAUUCUUCGCUUCAUAAGACGCAACUCAACAAGCUAGAAGGAAUGAAAAUCUGCUCAAGAACUUCAUAGUCUUUGUAAGAUACACAGUAAAAUGUGCUUGAUUAUGUAAUUUUAUUUUUCAUUAUUUUUAAGCAAAUUACUUCUACAUAUACAUAUGUGUGAUGUGUAUAAUCUUUCUGUAAUAUAAAAGUGUGUGGCUGUA